AUGUCUUUAACUAACAUAACCGCUUGUUUCGAUACGCCUCAUCUUACUCCAAUUCUAACACUAACCCAAUUAGGUGGAAAAUCUAUCAUAUGGGAAAUUUGUUCCAAAUUUGGAAUUGCUGAAGGGACUAUUUUGUUGUUUACAUCAAACAUAAUUGUUGCUCUUAAAUCAUUAAAAUCCCAAAUUAUUAUUUGGCCACGCAAUAAUUAUCGUCAAGAAGCCCCUAGCAAAUUGAAUAAAGAUGUAUAUAUUACAAGAAAACGCCGUUAUGCAAUUCAUUUACAGGCUGUCGUUGAUCAUUGUGGGCUAUUUACAUUCUAUGAUAUUGGUUAUCCUGCACCGGCUCAUGAUGCAAAGGAGCUUAGUACUAAAAUGGCUACGGAUCUUAUUGAAAUUUCAUUAAAUAUUCAUAAUUUAGUAGAGCGAUUGAAUGAUGUAUAG